UUAUCAAUGAGUCAAUUGGAGAGCGGUUAAGUAGUCUGCUGAAACAGUAAUGAGUUUUUGCGGUUUGGUGGUUUUCCAUUCUGGAUCUGUCAAGUUUUCCCGAAGUUUAAAGUGACAAACACGGUGCCUGUUUAGAAUGUGCUGCAUAUGCCAGCUCUUUCGCCUUUAAAUAGUUGAGAAGUACUCAAUGGCGUAGGUUGAUGUUUCCGUGCUUACUAGCACUUAUGGAGGGAGCAAGAAGUACAACUUUGCUAUUGCGGUGGAUUUGUGUGCUGCUUAUAUGUGGAGUAACUGCUCAGGAUGUUAGUACAACGACAGGUGAGACUGUCAAAGUUGUAGAGGUCAGUAUUGGAGAGUCUGCCAUCCUGCCAUGCUACCAACGUGCCACUGGUUCCUUCCUACUAGAGUGGAAGCGCCGCGAUCUACAAGAAUCCAUCUUCAUCCUCCUAACCCCUAAUGCUCCGCACAUAGAUUCAAGGUAUGCAGGGCGCCUUGAUGUAGCUGAAGACGGCGUGUCUUUACAAAUGAGUGACAUCACCGUUGAGGAUGCAGGAUAUUAUCAAUGUACAGUUCAACCACUCACAAACUGGGACAGAAGCUCUAACUUCACAUGGAUCAGUUUAGUCAUUAGAGCACCCCCAGUAUUUCUGAGCACCUCACCGGAUCGUACAGUUUUCGGAAUUGGCUCAAGAGUAACCUUUUUCUGCAUUACUGACUCGCCAUCAUCAACAGUGGUCACAUGGUUGAAAGACAAUCAACCAAUUACCAUGGAGAAUCAUUUUGAAGUAACAUCUGAUUCGUUUAUCAUUCGUCACUUGGAGUUACGUGAUGGCGGAUUAUACACUUGCCAAGCAGAGAAUGCCCUCGGUACAUCAGAACACACAAUGCUCCUUAUUUUACAAGGUGCUCCUUACAUAAUCGACCCUCCACAAAAUAUAACAGUACGUGAGCAUUUGCCAGCCAUGUUCAAAUGUGGUUGGGAUGCAUCUCCGAAUAAUGUGACCGUAAACUGGUACUACGAUGAUGGACCAGUACAAGCACUUGCAAAGUUUGGACUCUACGCUGAUAUCCUGCCGGGAGAUGGGUCGCUGUACAUUGGGAACACAGAUAAAGCGUUUUCUGGUUGGUACACUUGCAGCCCAAGCAACGGUAUUGGUACACCACCAAGAGCAAAGGCUUUCCUAUCUGUUCAGUAUUUAGCCACACCCCUGCCUAUGCCAAGUGAAGUAGUCGGAGCCCUAGGUUAUCCCAUUACUCUUAACUGUCAUGCUGACUCGAACCCAGCCAUCUCAAAUACAAUCUGGCGCAAGGAUAGCACCAUGUUAUACCCUAGAACAGAGGAAAGGCUGAAACUUAGUAAGUCCGGCUCACUAACUAUUGACAAUGUUCAACAUAGCGAUGAAGGCUUUUACUCCUGUCAGCCAUACAACGCACUUGGAUCGGCUGGGGAGAGUGGCAGCACAUAUCUGCUCGUGAGAGAUGCACCAAUAUUUACAACAAGGCCAAAAGCUUACUACCAGAGAAUGCCUGGAGAGGAAGUUAGCAUACCCUGUACUGCAUCGGGUUCGCCUCCACCAACAGUAAGAUGGCAAAAGGUUGUUGGUUCACUGCCCAGUUCACGUGUAGUCACGCAGAAUGACGUUCUAAAGAUAGUCCAGCUACGUAAGGAGGAUCAUGGAGUGUAUGAAUGCAUCAUCAGCAACGUAGUUACAACGCUUGUGACGAGUACAAAGCUGAUAAUUGAACAAACUUCACCUCAUGCUCCUUACAAUGUUUCUGUGGUAACAUCAAGUAGAACAGCAACAAUUUACUGGCAACCGGCAUAUGAUGGAGGACUGGUUCAGAGUUACACUGUCUGGUUCCGCACUCACAAUGUUCAAGAUUCCCAAUGGAACACCCUUCCUCUUCUCCCUGAGGAUGUCACAUCAGCGACGUUGUAUAACCUCCGACCCAAUACACAGUAUGAGUUUAGUGUCAUCUCUAGUAAUGUACUUGGCAAGAGCAUGUUUAGUGAGGUGGUUAUUGCUAGCACCAAAGAUCCUGAUAACUUAAUCGUUCCUACUGACUCUUCAGGUCGAACCAUUGUCCCUCCUUGGAGCGUCCUAAGCCCAAGUCCUCCAAGAUCUGUGUUUAUCAACAGUACUCCAUCAGGCUUAGUACUCCACUGGGAGACUCCUUUGGAGUACCCAGAAUUGGUCAGCUUGUACACCGCAGAGUAUCGCAUAAAUGGUGAAAUGGAAUGGGCCGUUCUCAUUCCAGACAUUUCCUCAGAAGCUAGAGAGGUUACAUUGCUGGGUCUUAAAAGUGAGACGUGGUAUGAUUUCCGAAUGUUUGCAUUCACUCCUGGAUCAUUUAGUUUGCCAAGUAAUAUUGUGACAGGAUUCACCGGAGAUAUUUCUGCAUAUGUGAUCACAGAGGAUGGUGGUGGAUUAGAGGGAUCAGUCCUGGCAGGCAUCAUAUCUGGUUUGGUCUUCCUCAUAAUUGCUCUUGUACUGAUGAUUAUAGCGAUCAUCAUCGUCCGUCGACGAAGGCAGAAAAAGAGAGCACUCCAAGAAAUUCUAGGUCUUCCAUCUUAUGUACAACAAGUUCAUAGGUCACCAGCAACGCCGGCGCCCUCCUUUACUCUACCCUUUAAGGAAAGUUACUCGAGUUUGAAAGCUAAAUUUAGUCCUGUCAAAAUAAAUCCUUCAAAAACUAAAAAUCAUGACACUCCACAUAAUGGUUUAAAACAGCGUGUUCUUCAGAAAUCAAGGCCCAAAAAUAAACUUAUUCGAAAGUCUCCACGGUCUCUGCUUUUUGAAGUGACUUCGGAGCCAUCGGUUGUAGAUCAUAGUGUACCAGAGAGGGUGCUAGAGGGUGCGGAUAGGGGAGAGGAGUUUCAAGGUGGAAACAAUUGGAAUCGGACAAUGCUGUCAUCUAGACCAGAUGAGGUACUUGGUACAAGUGAAUAUGCAUUGGAAGUCAGUAUUGACGAUGAAGUAAUUGUUCCACCUCCGCAGUUCUCAUAUGGUCACUCAAGGCCAUUGCAGCAGGCUAUUGGCCGAAAUAUUGAACAAUCGCAAUCCUCUGUAAGAAUCCCCACCGGUGCUAAUAAUAAACAUGGCUAUGUAUUCACAACAAGUAGUCCAUUAAAUGAUAUUACUCAGUCAAGUUUUGCAUCAGAAAAUGUAAGCACUGUACGUUUGUCUGCAACACGUUUGGAUUAUCUAGAAAGUAGUUCCGGUAGAUUAAAGGAUGAUCGUACACGCUACAUUCCUCAAAAAGACAGUUACAAUGUAAGGAGGGAUGAAAAUUUAAAUAUACAUUCUGGUGUAGAGGACCAUACUAUGACUAUGAGAGAAUUUUCUAUGCUAAACGCCCAAAGAAAAAAACAGUACUCUGGUAACAGAGAUUUUUCAAACCAAAGAGCGCGUAGCUAUCCAAAUAACCAAUCAACAGGAUUGUUUGUUUUACGUGGAGAUAACAGUACUAAUUAUAUUCGAAGAGAGAGGAUUGCAUCCCCAGUUUCUUCAGAAUUUUAUCGGCGAGAACAAAAAGUUCCUCGUCGGAGGACUUUGAGUAAUUCCAGUUUGAUUCGUGAAUCUUCUAUUGACCCACCUUCAUCACAGAAAAUAUCUGCUGAUAUCCAUCACCAGAAAAUUAUUACCCCUUCAGAACCAGUAAUGGAACAUUCCAGGCAAAUAAUGUGUAGAAACGAUGAGUACAAAAGGACUGCACCAUGUUUAAAGAGGAGGCGAAGGACUCAAGAGAUUGAUGUACCACGUUUAUCACAAUCAGACAAUCAUUAUUCACUAGACAGAAGGAAAGUUCGGUCAGUUGGAGAUCUGUCAAGAAGGAGUGCAAGGGAUUUGAACCAUGAUAGAUUGUCUUACAUGAAUAGUAGAUCUACAAUAAAUCCGAGGGCAUAUGGAUCACUUAAUGAAAGGAGUUAUAAAAGAGAAAGUCAAGACUUCAGUCUGCCAUCGAGGUAUAAGCUAUCCUAUGCUGAAAGACUGCCAGUGAUAAGCCUACCAUAUAGCCAACAUUCAGUGGACAACAAUGACAAUUUGGAGGUAUCACCAAACUACAGUGGUGUGUCUUCAUCGACAAGUGGUGUAGGAAGCAUGGCACCCUCUAUCAACAAUGUCAGUCCUAGGCCAUCAAAUUCAGCUGGUCCGCUCUCCCCGUACAGUCAGGGCAGUAGUGGGUACAGUAGUCGGAAUACAUCUGAAAGCGUUUCCAUACGUGGCCGCAAUGAUAGUGUACUGAGCAACAGAGUGUAUGUGCCUAACAGUUCCUCGGAUAGCACGUUUGAUGAGCCUCUACGGGUUAUCGAUACCUUCAGUACGUACGAAGAUCCCUUUAGAGGUUUCACAGACAUUUCACAAGAGCGUAGGUAUGAAGUGCAUGUUGGGUCAAGACAAGGAAGGAUUAAUGAGAAACCACUAGUUCACUUUCCCAACAACUUGGUUAUUGAAUCACCAAAUGACAGUAUGAAGGAAGAACAGUGGUUUGCUAGACUGAAGGAAGAAUUCAAUGAAUACAAACGACAACAAGAAAUUGUACAAAGAAGGAAAUUAGUGUCAUCUGUUUAAUAUAUAAGCAUGAUAAAUAAACUUUUAAAUUGAUUAAAGGAUUGCGCUUUAUAAAUUUUCCUGUUAUUAUAAAAUAAAAAAAACUUAUAGAAUUAUUUAUUUAAUAAUUAAAUAAUUAAUAAAUUUGUCAUUCAUGGUAAAACAUGACUGUCAUUGACAAAUGAAUGCUGUUCUUCAUGGUUGUUGAAAUUGCCAAAUUAAUGAUUACAUAAACAUAAUUAGAAACAUUUAAAACCGCAAAACUUUCCAUUCCUGUUGUUAUUGAUAGUACUGCCAUAGCAAGAACUUGUUUUUGAUUUUGUGGAGCAAGUUCUAAUCAAUCAACUCUUUUUAUAAUUUAGAGUUUUAUUAAUUUAAUUAGCUUUUGUGCCACUUUUGAUUAUACCAUUGAUUGGUAUGUUCAAAAACAUGAUUACAUUAUUUCAAUUAUGCAAAAGUAGCUUAAUACCCAAGUGCUCUUUUAUAUUGUACAUGUAUUAUACAAAUUUAUUAAAAUGUCACAUUGCCUUCAUUAUUCUGCCCUGGAUGUUAUACAAGACCAACUUUUGGUGAUGGAGCCAAUACUUAUUGACUUCAUUUCUUUAUACGUUACUGUACAAUACGUAUAUACUUUAGAUACUGUAUGUUGAUUUUUACUGAUGCAAAUGAACACAGAUAUGCAAAUUUAAAGUGUUAAUUCCAAUAAACAGGCAGUGUUUAUAUUUGCAUGAAGUAAUAGAAAUCAAGUUGGACUUUCAUUUAUUUAUUAAAAUUGUGUGUAUAUAUAUCAUUGCAUUUCUGUUUUAAUCAUGUUUUUGAACAAAGUUUAAAGACAUAAUUAACUGGGUCAUAUUAACAGAGAUCAACAGUAUCAAUUUGUUUCUGAAAAAUUUAUAAAUGAACAUUUUGUUUCCAGUAUUUUCCAAAUGAAAAUGUAUUUCGAUAAAAAAUAUAAUAGAAUAUAUUUUUGUACUUAAUUAUGGAAUAGUUAUUAAUGGAACAUAAAUAAAUUGUAGAACUGUUAAUAUUUAAUGUGUUCCAAUUUGAUAAAGGAGCAUUUUUAUAUUGAACUCAUGCAAAUUAACUGAUAUAGGCAUAAAUCAAUAUAAAAAAAACACUAUUGUAUUUGAAUAGAUUGUCUAUGUCACUGUACUUGUUUUGUAUAUAUAAUAAAAGUCUAAAAGAUAGUUUAA